CUUCCGCCGCCCGCCCUCCAGCGCUUUGGGACAUGUAGUUCUUUUUGGUGCCGUUUUAAAACCUCCGCUGAGAACCUUCGAGAACCAGUUCUUUACAUUGUGGUUAGCGACAACUUCUACAUCAACGAAUUUAAAUACAUUAUUUUCACGUCACCUGCACCACGUCAGACGGAAAAAGACGGGAAUUCUGUUCAUUCGUGCACUACAACAACCAACAUCGCCCCUAAUGAAUGCAAGGCAGUGUAAACACAACUCCAGGAACAUGAAAAGAUCGGGUGACAGUGAGGGGGAGAAGAGAAGAAAGAGGCGUAGGCUACUGCAGGAGUUAGGAGACCAGAAGAUCCCCUUUUUGGGACCUUCAGACCGAGGCUUUCAGCAACUGUGGGAUUCCAGUUACUGUGGCUUGGCGUUGAGGAAAUCCUGUUCGCUGCCUGUUGAGCUGCAUGGUCGAGUUCAGACAGCUCUGCUCACCCUCAGAAGGAAGGGCUGCCUCCUGAAGGAUCUGGUUCGUGUUCGUGAUCGAGAUGUGUUUACUGCCGUGUCACGAGUGCUGGUGGGUGAGCCGGGCCAUACCUACCGCUAUCUGGACACACGGCUCUUUGCUAUUCCCUGGCACAGUGAGGACACAGAGGUCAAGGGACAAAACUGUUGUGAUCCAGACUUAAGAGCUGCCUGCAAGGCACUAUGGGAGCUCAACAACUUCUUCUGCUCUGAUGUGUCUCAGCUGAAAGAAGGAGACAAGCUAACAAAAUGUGUGAAGGCCGAAGCAGAAGUUAAACUAGGUGAGGAGGGGGACACAGAGUCAAAACACAGUGAAGACUCUAAAAAUAGUGAAGGGGGAGACUCAGAGUCCAGGCAAAGUGAGGAGGGGGAAACAGAGUCCAAACACAGUGAGGAGUGGGACAUUGAGUCAAAACAUAGUGAAGAAGGCUGCUCUGGGUCAAAACUGGAAGGGGAGUGGGAGACUGAGUUCAAACUCGGCAGCGAGAAGGGGGAGUCCUCCCAAGUUUCACAAAGUGGAACCUGUGUUGCAGCAACUUCAGAACACAGCGAAGGAAAAUGCACCGGCUGGACAACCAAAGCCACCAGUGGGAUAGAGACGAACCCUGCAAGAUUAGAGGCCCAAGGGAAGCCUGUAACUCAACUAAAGCACAGCCUGUCAGAUUACCACAUUCAGGACAAGGAGGAACAUGAGACUGCGCAGGGUUGUUCCCAGCCCACUCCUCAAGUUUGCACUGGUUUGGUUAGCUUCAAUGUCACCUUACUGAACUACAUGGACCCAGCACAAAUGAGCCAUCUAAAAGAGGAGCCCUACUAUGGCAUGGGGAAAAUGGCAGUAGGGUGGCACCAUGACGAAAACCUAAUCACACAUUCACCAGUGGCUGUUUACAACUUUAAUUGUCAAAAUGACAAAGGCGAAUGCAGUGAAGGAGGCAGUGACGAGAAGGCACGCUGGAGGAUCGGGCUCAAGGUGGCCUGGGACAUCCACACUCCUGGCCUGAUGCUACCGCUGGAGUCUGGAGACUGCUAUUACAUGAGAGAUGACCUGAACAGCACACACCAGCAUUGUGUUCUUGCUGGAGAGUCGGCUCGUUUCAGCUCCACACACAGAGUGGCUGAGUGUUCUAGAGGGACCUUGACCUACAUCCAGUCCCGGUGCCAUGAGGCCCUGUCCAACCUGCACACUGACCCUGAGACAGGUUCUCACAGCCUGCUGGUCCUGCAGCCGACAAAACUGCAGCACUGUGAAGAGAUUCACAAUGAGGUGGAGUUUGAAUGGCUGCGGCAGUAUUGGUUCCAGGGCCAGCGCUUCACCCGCUUCUGCAGCUGGUGGACCAGACCGAUGGAGCAACUGGAGAAGGACUGGAAGCUCAUGGAGACCAUGACUAUGCUCUUCCUGGCUGUGGUGGAGGAGGAGGGCCAAGCAGAAGAAGGAAGGAGGGAGAUGGCAGAAACCCUGCUGGCUGCUUUGACAGACAGACACCAGCAGAGACAAACAUGGAGGGACAGGUGCCACUCGAAUCUGGCGCAGACGUUAUCCCCCGAGGAGGCCCCAGUGGAUCGACCCUUUUGGGGUGUGGAUGACCCCAACAUGCCUCUGCCCUUUGAUCUGGCCGACAUCAUCAACAGAGUGGAGUCACUGCUGUGGAGGAUGUGAAGGAUAGCUUGAUGAUCCGAGGAGAAAACAUCAGAGGAACCCCCCGACAGCUUGGUUGGCAUGUCAGCUGAGAGGACAGACCACUGACGAUACAUGUGAAUCCAGCAAGAUUGAAUUCUUUUGAAAUUGGGACAUCUUCAUCCUUCUCCUCCUACUUCACCUUUCUCUACUACCCUUGCGGACCUUAACGUUUUCAUCACCCCCAAACCCCCACGACUUGGAUUUGGCUGGAAGGAAACCAGACCACUGUAGAUU